AUGACUGAUUUGAUUGAAACCGAAAUUAAUCAUGCAGGUUUUAUUGCAGUUCAUGUUGGCGCUGGUCUUCAAUCACAAGCACGACUACCUCGAUAUGCAGAAACAAUAAAACGAGCUUGUUUACAAGGAAUAAGAGUAUUAAAUAAUGGUAAAGAUGCAUCGGAAGCAGCAUGUAUUGCUGUUGCUGUACUCGAAGAUUGUUCAUUAACAAAUGCUGGUGUUGGUUCUAAUUUAACGUUAGAUGGAAAAGUUGAAUGUGAUGCGUCAAUUAUGGAUGAAGAAAGUUAUGGUGCAAUAGGAGCUGUUUCAGGUAUAAAAAAUCCAAUAACAUUAGCAUGGGCUUUAUUACAUACACAAAAACAAGGUCUUAUGGAUGGUGGUCGAAUACCACCAUGUUUCCUCGUGGGUGAUGGUGCCAAACAAUGGGCUCAACAAAAUGGUAUUCCAUUAAUUGAUGACCAGCAAAUGAAGACAGAAAAUAGUACUUCUAUGUUUGAAAAAUAUAAGAGAAAAUUAGAUGAAAGUACAUCAGAAUCAACUAAAAAGAUGAAAACGGAUGAUGUGGAUGAUACUAAACGAUUAGAUACAGUUGGUGCUAUUGUCAUUGAUCGAAAAGGAAAUGUAGCAGCAGCUGCGUCAAGUGGUGGAAUACUUUUAAAACAUUCUGGUCGUGUAGGACAUUCAGCUAUGUUCGGUUGUGGUUGUUGGGCAGAACGAAAAGAUUCAUGUUCAAUAGCAGUUGCAUCUUCAGGCACUGGUGAAUUUCUUAUGAAAAGUCUUUUUUCUAAAUCAAUUAGUGAUGCUUGUACAAUUGAAGAUCUAACACCAGAAACAGUGCGAAAUCAUCUAAAUAAUACUUUUCUCAAUCGACGAAUGACACCAAUAAAUGCGGAAAAAUAUUUUGGAUUUAUUCUAUUAAAAUUAAUCACAAAUGAAAAUCAAAAUCGAUUAGUAGAAUUUCUUUGUGCACAUAAUACUCAAACAAUGUUUGUUGGUUAUAUGAAUUCACAUCAAAGCAAAGUCACAACUCUAUUUUCAGAAUUACAUUCUGGUGAUUCAUUAUCAAUCAAUAUUGAUACAAUUCAUAUAACAUAA